AUGUUCUUUCCUACCUUGUCGUCACGAACAACGCCUUCGCCGCCACUGAGCUCUUCGUCUUCAUGCUCGACCGACACUUAUAAGCUCACGCCGUCGACAACCGCACAAUGCCCCCAAUUCGUGGCCUACAAGAUUCGACCUCCGCAAGUGUCAUGCGUGCACAAGGCACUGUCGGAGAUCAUACCAGACUUUGGCGAUGCGGAAUGCGAUGCGAGACAGGAUAUGGACAAGUCCAUACGGCAUGACACGCAAGUCCUGUUUGCCACGCGAGACCAUCCAGAUACACCCCAGCCACAGGAGGCAAUGCUGCUGAGCUUGGGCAGUGGGACUACAAUGCAAAUCUUUCACAUCCACGCACCAGCGUGCGAAAGCUCGAGUUGGAUCAAGUGGUGCGAGACCACAGCAGAUGUGUUAGGUCUGCAGAAGAUUGAGCUGCCACAUACGUUGUUCCGAGAAGACCUUGCGUGGAUGCUGAGGGCGCACGCUUCAAGUAAGUGCGUUAAACAAGAGUACAUGCCCGACCUUUCUGACGAAGCGACAGAUGCAACAGGAACGCAACCACACGCGGGCGACACGCACCUUAUCAAUCGAGUCGAGCGAUACAUUGCAGAUAUCGUGUUUGUCUUCAGGAAAAAGGUGUGA